CCUUACCGGCUAGACUGGGACAGUUUGAUUACCUCUAUGGACAUUGCUGAAAAGUUUGACCAGGGCUGUUGUAUGAUGCGCGACACCACAGCAGGGUGGAACAUCAUUGCACCAAGAGAGUUCAUUGACUUCUCCUGCACUGCAGAGUAUCAGGAUGGACUCCUGUCUUGUGGUGUAAGCUUCGACUAUGGUGAGGCAGGGCAGAGCUGUGUCCGCUGGUUCAAUCACCCACGUGACUGGUCCUGUGUUCCACAGAAAGACAAUGCAGACCACAGCCUCCUGACCGGCUACAUACAGACUGAUCUCCGAGAGAUGCUGCCACAGUCUGCAGUGUUCUCUGCCAUGGCCAGCACUCUGGUUAAUUUCUAUACAGACUUAAGGAAGGCGUUGAGAAUGUAG